UUUGACUCACUUUGACUCUUUGAGGUUCGUCGGGAUUUCGUCGUCACCUAGUCUGCGACGGUUUCGCGGAUUUACUGAUUAUCUUUCAUCGGGAACCUUCGUUAAGUCUUCGCCCGCACUAUGUCGUUCAACAGAGGAAUGAAGCGGGACUCCUUCGGGAACCGAAGCUUCGGAAAUCGAGGCACGGGCAACAACAUGGGUGGAGGUGGCAUGGGAGGUUUAGGUGGAGGAAGCGGAGGUGGCAGCGGUGGUGGCGGAGGAGGCGGCGGAAUGAAUCCCUGGGAGAGCGGCAUGAUGCCGGGACGUGGAAUUUUACCUACUCCGAAUAAUAGCUUGUCGUUGGCUUCUCCUCAAGCGCAGCUAGCUAUCGCAAGUAAUCUUCUGAGCAACCUCUUACGAACUCAGCAGGAUGUACAGCCCCAGGUGCCAUCGUUGCUAAGCCUUGGGAACAAUUUCGGUGGACCAGGACCAAAUUUUCAUGGUCAGCAGAACUUCCCACAGGGACGUUUUAACGAUCGGGCGAUGCGACCUCCGAUGAAGAAUAAUCGACUACAACCUUAUAACAAGAUGGGCAAUCGAGCCCGAGACGGCCUCGCUGGGCGACGUGGCCCGAACGCACAACAAUCUCGUGCACCCCAGUCCGGCAACCAACGUAUCAAUGGAAACCAAAUUCAGCAUCGCAACGAUAAAUCUUCUAAAGCAAUUCCUGCCUCUAAACAAAAUCCGAGUGUCAAAAAGGAACCGCAGGAUGUUAAGGCCUCUGAUAGUGAAAAGGCAGAGACACCCGUUGUCAAAAGUGGCGACGAGUCCGUGGACAAGAAACGGGACUGGAAGGAAGAGAAGAAGUCCGGGGACGCCGAGCAAGCGGGACCCGAUGGCACUGCCAAGGCCAAGUUGGACAAGUCCGACCCGAAGGACGCCGGUACCACGUCGGAGAACAAGGUUCCCAACAAGAAAUCGGAGGCCAGGCACGCGGAGAGCCGGUACGCCGACGUCCCCAUGAACCACAUGUUCUGCCAUGUCUGCAAUAAACACAUGUGGGACGGAGCUUCCUUCGAGAACCACCUCAGAGGACGAGCGCACCAGCUGAUGAUGGACAAGCUGGACGAGUCCUACAAGCUGAAGGUGAACCUGAUGAGACACGAGCUGAGAGUAGCGGAGGAACAGCGCGAGCUCAGCUUGACCAACUCCAAGCGUCACGGCAAAAAGCUUCCGAUCGACCUGUCCGUGAGGGAGUACUGCACGAUGUGCGACCUGAACUUCUACGGGACCCUGUCGAACCACCGGAAAAGCGAGAAGCACCAGCAGCUGAAGACGUUCCUUCACCCGAGGUGUUUCCCCUGCGCCAAGGAGUUCCCCUCUCGAAUUGAGUAUGACGAGCACUGCCUUACGCCGAUCCACAUGAAGAACGCCGUGCAGAACGAGGAGCAGAGGAAGAUGAAGAAGAAAGACAAACUCGCCAAAGGGGAAUCCGAGGUGCGCAGUGCCGGCGACGAGGAGAAGGACCUAGGUCCCGACUCGAAGGACGACAAGGAGGAGGACAUGCCGCAGAGCAGCGAGUACCUCACCGACAUUAUCGAGGGUAGUCUAGGGGACAUGAAAUAUAAAGUACCGUCGUUUAAGUACUGCCGACAGAACCAGGUUCAGAUAGGGAAAUCCAUGGUGAAGGAGGUCCAAGGCUUCCACUGCGAGAGAUGUCGACGCUUCAUGCUGACGAUCGACGACAUGGCUGCCCAUCUGCGCAGCAUCACUCACUAUCGUAACUUCGUGCAGGAGGUGAAGACGUUAUCCGCGAACGAGAGCGCCAACCAGAAGCCGACCGCCGAGGAGGCCGCGACUCUGCAGGCAGGAACCGAGCAGAACAUUUCCGAAGCUAGCGAGGAGUACGACGGGAAUUGGAAACGACGCAAGACCAUGAGGAGUGAAGAGGAAGAGGGCGCCGAAGAGAACGAACGGGGGGAGCCCGAAGCGGAGACCGGGACCAAGAAGGCCGACGGCGACGAGAAGUACGAUCCUCUCGAGGCCGACGCCGAGUCGGAGGAAGAGGAGGUUCAGCAGGAUAACCAGGAACAGCAGGAGGCUGCUCAAGACGUGAAGACUGAGGAGGAGACCGAGCAGGACGGUCAGCUUUCCGCCGAGAAAAAAGAGAACGCGGUGGAGAAGGUUUGGGCCGAAAUGGACAACGACAACGACGAGGCCGUGGGCAACCUCCUGGACGACUCGCACGAGGAGAAAACGCAACUCGAAUCCGAGGAACUGCAGCAACCACAGUCACAGCCACAGCCACAGCCGCAGCCGCAACCGCAACCGCAACCACAACCACAACUACAACCUCAGCCUCAGCCUCAGCCACAGUCUCAGCCUCAGUCUCAGCCUCAGCCGCAACAGCAGCAGCAGCAGCAACCGCCACAGCAACAGCAGCAACCACAACAGCAACAGCAACAGCCCGUGGUGGUGGUCGAGAGGUCCGACAGUCCCCAGACCAGGACGCCGCCUCAGACCAACAGAGGUCGAGGCUUCGUUCGCGGCCGCGGUGCUCGAGCUCGCAGAUCGCGCAGAUAAACAUCCGGGUCCUGCAAAAGGAAGGCAAUAUUUCCGUCUUCUACCACUGCUCCGUUUUCAUCUUCUCUUUCCUUCCCUUUUUUAACAUCGUAUUCUAACGAAUAUAUCUGCGAUGCGAUUAGAUCUGUUGGCACGGCCUUAGCUGGGUCUCUGGGCAGGAUUGAACGUAAACCGAUUAAUUGUACAAUAUUUCUUAGUCCAGUGCAUCGUUUGUAACUGAACGGGGUUUAUACUAUUGUAAAUUGAAGUAUUAGGGUCAGUCUCCGCGAGGGCGGACUCGGUGUGCUGAAUAACACCGGUUACUGUGGUCCCGGGUGGUGGCUCGCGAGAGGUCGGGAUGUGGCGAUAGAUUCUCUCUUGACACGUUUAAUCAAUUUAUAGAUUUUUUCGUGGUUAUUUCUAUAAACUCGUGUAUGUCUAAUGGGUUUCUUUUUUUAAUCGCGUGGCGUUAUCUAUGGUGUAACGCAGGUAUAUGAUAUUAUUAUUGCAAGAUUUGACUAAUGUUGCAGCAAGGAACUUUCAUCCUUUUUCUUACAUGACCGUUCGAUUAGCUUACGUUAGUAGACUAGACUAUUAACAAUUGAGAAUAAAGGUGUCGACUUGCCUUUGGGCAAACGUGGGAAUUAGGAGGGAGCGAUCCUGCGAGUUGGUGUGAAUGGUAAAUUGAUGUCUGGCUGUAUAAGAAUAAACAUUGUCUGUAUGAAUUUUCA